GAUUCAGGUAUAAGGUACAUCAUUGGUUUUCUCCGCAGGCAUGGACUGCGAGUGCAGCAUCGACGGGUGGUAGAAUCGCUCCGCAGAGUCGACAGAUUAGGUCAGGUGUUGCGCGACCGACGGGUCAAACGUCGGCGUAAGUAUCAUGUUAAGCGGCCUAAUGCAUUGUGGCACAUCGAUGGGCACCAUAAAUUAAUUCGCUCGGGGAUAGUGAUUCACGGUUUUAUUGACGGUUUCUGCAGAACGGUUUGA